UCCCAAAGUGUCAAAGAGGUUCAUUCUGAAUGUAUGUUUUCGGAUACAUUGUUGCACGCGAUCAACGAAGCAAGAAAUUGUAACAUUCUUCUGUGACCAGUGAUAGUUUCGCAAUCUGUUAUUAUGUCAGAAUCGAUCAAGAAUAUUGCAAUAUUUGGGGCCACGGGAAUGACCGGACUGGUGACCUUACCGCUGGCUGUUGCAGCGGGUAAGCAACGUUUCUAAAUUACAUAAUGUAUUAAUUAUUGUAGGAGAUGAUAGGUUAUUUCCACAAUCCCUUAUAUAGCGUUUGCUGUCUAGCCAAGUCCAAAAGUGAUCUGAGUGUUCUGCCUUGUUCCUAAACUAUGCUGAACGUUAUUCAUCUGAUUUCCUAUGCAAUGCUAUUGGACAGCAGACAUCUGUCAUUAGCAUAUGCUAUGCUAAUGUAAUUGGAAGUAUCAAUGGUCAUCUGGGCUAUUUGCCACUGCCUUACUCUGGGGGAAAAAUAUAUAUAUAUAUUCUAUUAUUUCAUUCUAUAUUGUGUUAUUUUAUAUUAUAUUCCAAUCUGAUCUGUUCUAUGCUAUUAAUUACGUCGUUUCAAAAUAAUAGCCUAAUAAUGUAACCCAAUUGUCAAUUUAUAAAAUACACACUCAAUCACAUGUGGCAAACGUGCUAAAAGAAGCAUAUAUCAUUUGGCUUAUUUGAUUCACAAGCGUUUUCGUUUCCUUGCUCUGAGAUCACGAGACAAAAGUGUUGUGUUGAGUCAUGCAAGUCGUUAUAGGGUUCUGCUGACUCAUGAUUGUGAUGAGUGCAUUGCAGUGCACAGCAGAUACGCGAUAAAAUCCGCUGUCUGCUUAUCCAGAACACUGGGAUGGCCUCAUCAAUUCGACCCACGGCCAUACCCUAGAAUUGAGAUCCAUUCAUAAAAAACGAACCUAUUGCCUACAUUACAUAUUCCUCUCAUCUUCAUAUUCCCAUCAGACUCAAAUCCCUCUGGAUUAGUGGGAGAUGAUAAGAUGAGUCAAUAAAUUCAUAAUGCUUCUUUGUUCAUCAUUGUCCACAGGUUACAACGUGACAGUGCUGGUGAGGGACCCUGUCAGGCUGCCUGCAGAACACAAAGCCUGCAGGGUGGUGGUGGGAGAUGUCCUCAAUAAGGAGGAUGUGAAGAAGACCAUGCAGGGUCAGGAUGCUGUUAUCAUCAUUCUGGGCACCAGGAGUGAUCUCCGUAAGUUUAGGCAAUCUUUCAUUAGUAGGCUAUAAGAAUUUCAAAUCAAAUCAAAUCAAAUCAAAUUUUAUUGGCCACAUGCGCCGAAAACAACAGGUGCAGACAUUACAGUGAAAUGCUUACUUACAGCCCUUAACCAACAGUGCAUUUAUUUUUAACAAAACAAGUAAAAAUAAAACAACAACAAAAAAAGUGUUGAGAAAAAAAGAGCAGAAGUAAAAUAAAAUAACAGUAGGGAGGCUAUAUAUACAGGGGGGUACCGGUGCAGAGUCAAUGUGCGGGGGCACCGGCUAGUUGAGGUAGUUAAAGUAAUAUGUACAUGUGGGUAGAGUUAAAGUGACUAUGCAUAAAUAAUUAACAGAGUAGCAGCAGCGUAAAAGGAUGGGGUGAGGGGGCAGUGCAAAUAGUCUGGGUAGCCAUGAUUAGCUGUUCAGGAGUCUUAUGGCUUGGGGGUAGAAGCUGUUGAGAAGUCUUUUGGACCUAGACUUGGCACUCCGGUACCGCUUGCCGUGCGGUAGCAGAGAGAACAGUCUAUGACUAGGGUGGCUGGAGUCUUUGACAAUUUUGAGGGCCUUCCUCUGAAACCGCCUGGUAUAGAGGUCCUGGAUGGCAGGAAGCUUGGCCCCAGUGAUGUACUGGGCCAUACGCACUACCCUCUGUAGUGCCUUGCGGUCGGAGGCCAAGCAGUUGCCAUACCAGGCGGUGAUGCAACCAGUCAGGAUGCUCUCGAUGGUGCAGCUGUAUAAUUUUUUGAGGAUCUACAUUUUAAGUUAGUAAAAAGAUAUGUGCAGUUGUGUGAAUAAAACCAAGUUAUAACAGAUACGUUAUACAAGCUGAAAUCAAUCUCGAAGUGCAAAUCAAAUGGAAGUGUUCAGGAGUCUCAUUAAAACAUGUUUUCUGCUCUGAGUUAAAAUAUGUUUUGUAAUAAUGUUCAGGGUGAGUUGCAGUAACUAACUGCACUAGGGGUUGCUGAAGUAGGCCUACACCUUUUAAUGCUUAGGCCAGGAUAAUGGUCAGUAUGUUCAUGUUUCAGUUGCAAUCCACAGGUCCCACAACAAUGAUGUCAGAAGGAACCAGAAACAUCCUAGACGCCAUGAAUGCUCGGGGGAUCCGCAAAGUAGUUGGCUGCAUGUCAGGUACAGAGGAAUCUUGGACAGUCAGGGUCACAGCAUCUUUCCAACUUCCAAUAAAUGACCAUAAAGAAACCAUAUCCUUAUAUUGUCCCCCUCUCUGCUUCACAGCCUUCCUCCUAUGGGACCGGUCUAAAGUGCCACCCAGGCUCCUGCCGGUCACAGAGGACCAUGAUAGGAUGUACAUGAUGCUGAAGGAGUCAGGGCUGGACUUCGUGGCUGUCAUGCCCCCUCAUAUCGACGGUUAGUCAUCGCCCUUCCUCAAUUCCUGAAUCAGUAGAAAUGUAAUACUGUACUACCAUAGUCACAUACUGUAAGUGGUUUCAGUAAUGACAUGAUAGGCCUAUCAUCCUUCCUCAUACACUGCCCACUGGGUCUAUUUUAUUUUCUUUGUUUGUGUCUUUAUAAUAAAAAAUAUUUUUUAGUCAUUUAGCAGACGCUCUUAUCCAGAGCGACUUACAGGAGCAAUUAGGGUUAAGUGCCUUGCUCAAGGGCACAUCAACAGAUGUUUCACCUAGUCGGCUCGGGGAUUAGAACCAGCGACCUUUCGGUUACUGGCACAACGCUCUUAACCAUUAAGCUACCUGCCGCGUUCCACGUUGGUUCAAUGUAAUUUUAUUGAAAUUAUAUGGAGACAACGUUGAUUCAAAGUGUGUGCCCAGUGGGUAUGUACUGGAUGGAUUAGUGUUAUUCAACUGAUAUUAAAAUAAAUAAAGAGAGUUGCACACUCUCUAUAUAUAUAUAUAUAUAUAUAUAUAUAAACUCCCUGUGCCGAAACGUUGGUGUUUUACCCAAUAAAUUACUGGGAGUUUAUAUAUAGAGUGUGCGACUCUAUUUAUUUUAAUAGCUUACAGUUUAUUCGCCGUUGGUCAGCACCUCCACACAGAGUGAUUUUCUCUGGGUGUGCUCCAGCUCAUGCUUUUUAUUCAACUGAUAUUAAACAUUUUCUGAAUAUCUAAUAAUAUUAGGUGCCUUAUAUUGCACUGCUAAAUAUAAAUGCACUGCUAUUCCCAACAGAUACCUUACCUUUGACUGAGAAGUACACAGUGACAGAGAACAUGCUGAAAGGGCGUGUCAUUUCCAAAUAUGACCUGGGACACUUCUUCGUCAAGUGCUUGUCCAUCUCUGACUGGGACAGGAAGACAGUUGGGGUUUGUGGGGAGUACAGUUAACCCUAACAAGACAGAGCCCUCCUCUUUCCAUAAAGCAGUUAUGACAGCUGGCCUAUCAGACACAGCAACUUAGAUCUUAUUUCUACAAGCCAAUCUUUCUUGCUUGAAAGAAAUGGCAGCUUUGGCUUUUGCUAAUGUUUUGUAAUUAUUUUCACUAUCUUGACAAUGGAUAUUAUAAUGUAUGAAAAACGUAAUAUGUUAAUCAUCUUUGUAGUUGUGUGUGGGUCUCAUACUUUGUGCAGACUUUUUAAUUUGCUACAUAGCCAAUAUCGUUCAAAUAUCUAUUUUACUUUAUUUUUAUUUUAACCCAACAGCAAUUUAAUGUUGACUGAGUAUGUUUGAGUGCAAAGUGAGUCAUCAAUUAGGCCUAUGUUAUUGAUAGCCUAGGCCUACUUGUAUCCUGAUCUGUGCUGUGCCAACCAAUGUAGACUACAAAUGUACAGUAUCUCACAAAAGUGAGUACACCCCUCACAUUUUUUUUAAAUAUUUGAGUAU